CCCCGGUAAAGACGGCUACAACACACGCUAUCCAAGGAACCUAUACAACCCCCUUGUUUUUAGAUGGAAUUCGAAGUUAUCGCGCGAUGUCCGACGACACGGGCCCGCGCCUCUCGUAUGCGCCUCGCCCACGGCGUCACAAUGCUCCCUACCUUUAUGCCUGUGGCUACUCAAGCCGCGAUCAAGGGGCUUACACCUCAGCAAGUCGAAGCACUCGGAGUCACUCUGAUACUCAACAACACCUACCACCUAAAUCUCCGUCCUGGUAUAGAGAUCCUCCAGGAGGCAGGGGGCGCGCAUAAAUUUCAGAAUUGGCCUCGUAAUUUAUUGACGGAUAGUGGAGGCUUUCAGCUAGUAUCCCUCAGCAAGUUCACCAAGAUCACUGAAGAAGGCGCCCUAUUUGCAAGUCCGUUUACCGGGGAACCUACUAUGUUGACCCCUGAAGAGAGUAUCUCGGUGCAACAUGCGAUCGGCGCGGAUAUCAUCAUGCAGCUCGAUGAUGUUGUACCAUCCCUAACAGAUGACCGCGCCCGUGUUGAAGAGGCUAUGGAGCGCUCUGUAAGAUGGCUAGACCGCUGUAUUGUUUACCACGAGCAGUCCGGCCGGAAAUCCCAGCAAAACCUCUUCGCCAUUGUACAAGGCGGCCUCGACUCCCAGCUGCGAGACCGCUGCUUGGACCAGAUGAUUGAGAGGAAAGACAGGGUAGCUGGCUAUGCUAUCGGCGGUCUCAGUGGCGGUGAAGCGAAGGACGUCUUUUGGAGGAUGAUAAGCCAGUGCGCAGCAAGAUUACCGGAAGACCGUCCCCGCUAUUCUAUGGGAAUCGGAUUUGCGGAAGAUCUCCUCGUCUGUGUCGCCCUUGGCGUAGAUAUGGCCGAUUGUGUCUUCCCCACACGGACAGCGCGCUUUGGUGUCGCGCUAACCCACAAGGGUCCACUAAACCUGCGGCUCGCUCGGCAUGCGGCCGACCUGAGCGUUAUUGACCCCGCAUGCCCGUGCCCGACGUGCACAGACGGCACCUCGCGCGCGAUGCUGCACCACAUUGUUACGCACGAAACUGCAGGGGCCCACGCGGUGACACUGCACAAUAUAGUUUUUCAGGCGCAGGUGAUGGGCCGUGCGCGGGACGCCAUCAUUAAGGGCACUUUUCCCGAGUAUCUGAGGAGCUUCUUCGCGGAGUAUUUUGGCGACGUGGGCUAUCCAAGAUGGUGUGUUGAUGCGCUACGGAGUGUCGGGGUCGACCUGCUCGAGGGCAGGGAAGACGUGCCCAUCAUAGAGGGCAAUGGGGCGAAGUGGGAAUAUGCUCAGUAGAUUAGAGUUUACCUGUAUUACUGAGACGGCGUGGGCCAAACAUCUGUGGGUCACCAUGUUCCAAAAGAAAUGGGAUAACCCUCGGGUCUCCCGCGA